UCAUCUAAAUGAACCAGGUUAAAGAACAAUGUCCACUGGGCUCUGAUUUAACUGCUGCUCUCAUCGCCACAGUCUGACUCAGCUGACUGGAGGUUCCACUUUCCGGCGGGCAGGUGGCAGCAGAGUGCUGCAUAAACCGGAAGCAGAUUACACCGUCGAGGAAGAAGGCGGAAUAAUAACAACUAUGGCGGCUCGUGAGGAGAGGAGCCGGCAGAGGAGGAUUUCUGAGAUCUGACCGGUGACGUUAGAGAAGUCAUACAGCCCUGUUUUCCUGGCCUUGUUCCAGUCCUGGAUGCAGGGCAGCAGCAGGCCGGUGGUGGAGGUGGUCCGUCUGGGCCUUGUCUCCUACCAGGAGGCUCUGCGGCUCCAGCAGGUCUAUGUCAACCGGCACCGGUUAGGUACAGCUCACGCUCUGCUGCUGUGUCAGCACCCGCCAGUCUACACCACCGGGAUUCGCCACAAACCUUACCCCGCCCCCUUGCUGGACCGCCUCCACCUGCUGGGGGCUGACGUCCACCGCACCAACCGAGGAGGACUCAUCACGUUCCACGGGCCGGGACAGCUGGUGUGCUAUCCAGUCCUCCACCUGGCCAGCUUCAAGAAGAGCGUCCGCUGGUACGUCUGCGAACUGGAGAAGACCAUCAUCUCCGUCUGCAGCAGGUUUGGUAUCAAAGCUUCGACAUCCCCUCACACUGGAGUUUGGGUCAGAGACAGCAAGAUCUGUGCCAUCGGAAUCCACUGUGGUCGAUACAUCACGUCUCACGGCUUGGCCCUGAACUGUAACACCGACAUGUCGUGGUUCGAACACAUCGUGCCGUGCGGUAUCGAAGGUAAAGGAGUGACGUCGCUGAGCGCCGAGCUGCAGAGAGACGUCAGCGUGGAGGAAACCAUUCCUCACCUGCUGGAUGCCUUCAGGGACCAGUUCAACUGUCGGCUGAUGGACGCACAAACACCUGAGACUGAGCAGGACAGCGGAACGUUGUCAGCGUAGAAACUAAAACAUCACAGACGCUCUGUUUAAACAUGUCUGACAUCAGUUUGAUCUCCACGUGUCCAGAACAGACAGACAUCCUGGAUCUCAUGUACAUGUUGGAUCACACAGUUAGAUAAGAAUUAAACUUUAAACUUUACAGAAA